UGUGGACGUCUGCAAUGCCUCCAGAUUGCGCGACCGCCGUUGGUGUUGUAUCUGACAGGCACAUUACGUAGCCGCGCAGAUCGCAAUCGCGCCCAGCCGCCAGCUGCGGGCCAGCCCUGCACCCGCGGCGCCGGAGAAACCGGGGUUCCGACGAAAUUUCUGGGCAGACGCGACGGGCGUGCUGCUGGUUCCGUCGCUGCUACUGCCCACCAGCUGCAUUCCUCCCUCUCUCGAUGCUGAGUCGCCGCCUCCUGCUGCACGCCCGGCAGUCCCGCAAUGCACCCGUCUGCCUCUUCUGCGCCGUCCACGGGCGCGCCUUCUGGACGCCGGACCGUCCAUACAGCUCCGCGAGCAGCCAGCCGGCAAAGAAACAGAAGCCGAAGUCAGACGGCGAGCCAGAGCGCCAUUCCAAGAAGAACGACGAUGUGGAGACAACCGGCAAAGCUGGCCUCGGCCGAAAACAGAAGCAGAGAAUCCGGCAGAAGCGCGAGGCGGUUCGGGACAGCGUGAAGAAGUCGCAGGUAUCGCCUCGCGAGCGCCCCUCCAGGAAGAAACGAUCCGAAACCAAAACGCUCAAGGAGGCCCUUUUGGGCAAGCCGCCGCAGGAAGGCAAAGCAAAGCCUAAGCGGACGAGACGAAAGAAGCAGGAUGGGGCCGAGCAAAAGCUCCACAUAGAGGUUAUUUCGGCCGACGACCUGGACUUCCAGCCCGUAGACGUCACAAUACCCCCGAUUCCUAUGCUGUCUUAUGGCCUCGACCGCGUCCUCUUCAACCCCGGUGUCUACCGCCUCCAGGAUCCGCGCUCUCGUGUCUAUAACUUCGAUCCCUAUCUAGAAAAGAUCAUGGCGGUCAGUGAGUUCAACUUUGGAGCUCUGACCGAAUACAAGACGUCAUCGAAAGACGAAGACCUCCUGGCUCUUACAAGACGCCUGGGCACCAAGUUUACCGGCUCAACUUCCAGCAUGUCCGGGGUUCUGCAGCACUUUCACUACAUGCUCUCGAAUUUCCGAGAACUCAAUCACGACAUGCUGUCGCGUAGCUUUCCGGGACGAAGCUCUCGAUUUUCCAAGAUCACUCUGGGCCCGAACGCCAUAUUUCUCAGGUGGAAGGACGGCCAAUAUGCUAUAGACGCAGACAAAUCUUACGAUAAGCCCAAUAUCAUGAGCUGGCUAGGUCAUUCGCUUGAAAAGCUUCUCACUACCGACCGCGACGAGUUCGAGCGCUAUCGCCGGUCGAACCCCGAAAGAGCCCCGAGCGAAGACAGCUCAGCGCGAUGCUACCAUUACUCUAGACUUGGGAAUUUCCUCAUGCGUUCGCAGCUGGAUGCUCAUGACCCUCGUCUGCCGGGGAGCGGCGUCUUUGAUCUUAAAACGCGAGCUGUGGUUUCGAUACGGAUGGACCACAAGGAGUACGAGACGGGCUCGGGCUACCAGCUUCGCUAUGACCGCGGCGAGUGGGAGUCGUUUGAGCGUGAGUUCUAUGAUAUGACUCGAGCGACUAUGCUCAAGUAUUCGCUCCAGGUGCGGAUGGGCCGCAUGGACGGCAUCUUCGUGGCAUACCACAACAUUGAGCGCAUAUUUGGCUUCCAGUAUUUUAGUCUGCCGGAUCUGGAUCAUGUUCUUCACGGACAAACGGAUACAUGCUUGGGAGACCAGGAAUUCAAGCUCAGCGUCCGUUUGCUAGACGAGCUCUUGCAACGGGCUACUCAACAGUUUCCUGAGACAACUCUGCGACUACAUUUCGAGGCUCGUAGCGGAGACACUCCAUUCAUGUACAUCUUCGCCGAGCCUGUCACCGAAGAGCGGGCGGACGAGAUCCAGAACUCUAACCAGGCUGCCCAUAGGGCGUUCGAGCGAGACAUUGUUGGUGUCGAUCGGGACGACCCUGAAAUGCAAAAAGAAUGGCACGACAUCCAAGACCGUGUUGACGAAGAAGUAGAUGAAGACGAAAUGGAAGAAGCGCACGGCAACGAGGGCCACAGCAACGUGCGACAUGACAAAGAGAGUUCAGAAAUCGAAAGUGAUGAUACCCCGGCUGAGGCGUCGAAUCCGGAUCAAGAAACUACCAAGGCGUCUACGAAGGCUGCUGAUGGACCCCUUAUGGGUUGGACGCUAGCAGUCCGGAACAUGGUCAACGGACAGUAUGUGCCAAGGCCCACGGACUUGGAGCCUGGGGACAGCUGGACAAUCGAAUAUCAUAUCAAGGAAAUAACGCCCGACUCGCGACGGGGUUUGUACUCCAAGCUUACAAAACGGCGGCGGGACCUCAUCGGUGAGGAUACCGAGAAGGAGUCAACGCGGAUAGACGCUUACCGUCAAUUGAUCCGGAGGUACAGCGAGAGAGGGCGGAAGUGGAGGAAUGAGCAGGACAAGAUUGACGAAGAGAUUGGGCAGCAGGUGUUCCGCCCACUUGGCCCUGGCGCGGAGGUCGCGGUGCAGCCACGAAUGUCCGAAGCAGCAAAACCAUAGGGGAUGAGGAGGAAAACCCAUGAUUGCACGGACUGUUGAUAUGUAUAUUGUAUAGUGUGUAAGAUAGAUGCCUCGGGAGAAGGGUGCUGUAGUCCCGCUGCGACACGGUGCCAGCGCCAUAACCCCCUGCGGCCGCAUUCUUCCUGUCUCACGGUCCGCAAACUA